GGGAUGGGAGGAAAACAGGCAGUCGGGAGGCAAACCCCACGCUGUAGCUGUUUUUGAGAGGAGCGCUAAGCAGCGCCCACACCUCUCUCUCUCUCUCUCCCUCUCUCUGGUGCUUUGGCUUUCUUUUUUGUGCUCCAGUCUUGACUAAAAAAAGGGAACUAGCAGCUCGGGUGUUUCUGGUGAUUGAUCCUCAGAGCCUUUUCUGGUGCGGAUAUACCUGGAUUCCAAUGGUCAUGGUCAAAGAAAAAGGCUAAUAUCAGUCACUUCAUCCUCUGGUGAUGAGGCAGGACAGCUCACCCUGUCAGCACAGCCAACACAUCCAGCCCAGAAUGAGGAAUGUGAUCAGCAGUCGGAAAAAUUGUACUACUAUAUAUUUUACAUGGCUCAUGCGCAGGACACACGCCACCACUCUGCAGAGAAGCCCCUAAUUCAGUGCUACAAGUGUGGGCAGCCAUGUAAGGGCGAGGUGCUCCGGGUGCAGAACAAGCACUUUCACCUCAAGUGCUUCACAUGUAAAGUAUGUGGCUGUGACCUUGCCCAGGGGGGCUUCUUCAUGAAAAAUGGAGACUAUCUGUGCACGCUGGACUACCAACGCAUGCACGGUACCCGCUGCAAUGGCUGUGGGGACUUUGUUGAGGGAGAAGUGGUUACUGCUCUGGGCAAGACCUACCACCCUGCCUGCUUCGUCUGCACCAUCUGCAAACGACCGUUUCCUGCCGGGGACAGGGUGACCUUUAAUGGGAAGGACUGUCUCUGUCAGUACUGUGUCGAGCCCAUGUCUCCAGGACCAAAGGACAUCCUGGGCUCCAGCAAUUGCGCAGGCUGUGGCCGAGACAUUAAGAACGGACAGGCUCUCCUUGCUUUGGACAAACAGUGGCAUCUGGGCUGCUUUAAGUGUAAGGCCUGCAACAAAGUGCUGACCGGGGAGUACAUCAGCAAGGAUGGCGCCCCCUACUGUGAGAAGGACUACCAGACCCAUUUUGGAGUUCAGUGUGAGGCGUGCCAUCAAUUCAUCACAGGGAAGGUGCUAGAGGCAGGAGAUAAGCACUAUCACCCCAGCUGUGCGCGAUGCAGCAGGUGCAAUCAGAUGUUCACAGAAGGAGAAGAGAUGUAUCUGCAAGGGUCAACAGUCUGGCAUCCUGGGUGCAAGAACACCACGAGAACAGAAGAAAGGCACAGGGAGCGGCUAAUGCCUCCGUCCCUCUUAUUCCUCCAAAAAACAGAAAGGCAGCCGACGAGGUCGUCGUCUGAGAGUAUUUGUUCCAGACCUGGUUCAAGCAUACCUGGCUCACCGGGUCACACUAUCUAUGCAAAAGUAGACAAUGAGAUCCUUGAUUACAGAGACCUAGCUGCCAUUCCAAAAGUCAAAGCCAUUUAUGACAUUGAGCGCCCCGAUCUUAUUACCUAUGAACCUAUGUACACCACCUCCCUGGAUGAGAGAGAGGAGAGACGAGAGAGUGUGGGAGAGCUCCACACUGCCAGGAGGGAACGUUCCCCCUUGCCGGAUGACAAGUCCUCAAGAAACAUGUCGCCAACCCCAUCUGGUGAGGGAUCUUACGACAGGAGGGAACGCAUCCUUCAGAGGUCCACCAGUCAGGGCUCCAUAGGAUCACCAGUUUAUAAUCGUCAUGGAUACACCCCCACUUUGUCACGGUCGCCGCAGCAUUUUCACCGGCCAGAGGCUCUGACAGGCAUGCAGAAGCUCUGCUCCUCCCUGUGCAGUAACAGUGUGGGCUCCAGAAAUAGUGACUCCCGCCCCACCUCCCCUUUCAGACACCACUUCCUCCCCCAUAGCCAAGGCACCGACCCGCCGAGUGGCCGGAGCUCUCCCCUACCGCUCAGGCCCGACAGCCGGCCGGUCACCCCGCCUCUCUCUCAGACCCCUAAACAUUUCCACCUCCCAGAUCAGGGGAGCAACAUCUAUCGAAAACCACCCAUCUACAAACAACACGAUACAGCAUCCAUAGCACGCCAAAGCAAGUCUGCUGAUGAGAUCAUCAGAUCUGCCACCUUCCCCGCUGCCCAUGCUCCCUUUCCAGAUGACAGCUCACGGAGUGAGGGUGACCGCUGGCCCUACUCGCUCACUGCGUUAGGUUCAGAAGGGAGGAGAAGAUCUAGAGAAGAGGAGGAGGAAGAGGCUUUGAAAAGAAAGCAGCUCCAGGAGGAGCAUCUCAGUAAGAUUCAGUCCGGUUUGGGGAAGCUCAUUUUGAAGGAGGAGAUGGAAAAAGAGCAGAUAAGGGAGCGCCAUGCACGAAGCCUCUCGGCUCAGCGCUACGAUCCCAAACAGACCAGCUGUGAUGCAGAUCAGCCUUCUCCAACCAAAACUAACUCUCUGCCUGGCUAUGGAAGAAAUGGGCUACAUCGGCCUCAGUCCACAGAUUUCACCCAGUACAACAGCUACGGGGACAUGUGCGGAGGAGGCAGAGAGUUUCAGCACAUUAAGGAUGGCCGUGCAGCACUUGCAAGGAUGGACAGGGGAGUAUCUAUGCCUAAUAUGUUGGAACCGAAAGUGUAUCCCUAUGAAAUGCUCAUGAUAACCAGUAGAGGGAGAGCUAAACUGCCCAGGGAUGUGGACAGAACCAGACUGGAGCGCCACUUAGCACCUGAAACGUUCUUUGACAUCUUUGGAAUGGAGAUCCAGGAGUUUGACAGGCUUCCCCUGUGGAAACGCAACGACAUGAAAAAGAAGGCCAAGCUCUUCUAGCACUCAGAGCCGCAUGCAUUUUCUGUACAUUCAGAUAGCACACAGCAGCUGUAAUCUAGAUGUAGGUUUUGGUUUAUUUCCUUUUCUUCUAUAUAUUUUUUUUGUUCUUUCUUUUUUUUAAAUUUGUUUGUUUUAACCUGACAUAAUCACGGAAGCCAUGAACUGGACUCUUUGCUCUGAUGCUUCCUGAGACUAUGUACUGAAAGACUUGUCCUGUUAGACUUGCACUGUCAACAAUGAACGGGAAUCUCUUCCGCGUUCAAAAAUGACAAAGAAUGAGACUGGACGAUGAACAGGGUCAUGUUCUUUGGUUUGAAUGCGCUUGUUUUACUUCUUGCUUUGCUUCGAGUGGAACCGCUUUCCUUUUCUUUCUUGUUCGUUUCUUCCUACUAUUUCUCUCGCUGUUGAUUCCUGUGGAACUUUGUAAGUACAGUAGAACCUCAUGGCGCUCAUUACAAAAUGUCCAUGCUCGUAGCUUGAACAUGUGUUAGCUUUCCCUCGCUUGGGCUGAAAAGGUUUUAGUCCAAAGUUUGCAAGAAUUGGCUCAGUGAGUCUUUGAAUUAAAAAAAAAAGUCACUGGGAAAGCAGUCAGCUUACCCAACAGCUGUUUUACUGCAUCUACAUGGAAAUGCAUCAUCCAAGCACACACAUA